CUUCUCACGGAACAAGUUAGCAUUCCGACAAACGAAGUCAAACAUCCCGUGAAGGGAGGCAGAACUUGCUUAAUUUGAUUCCCUCAUCACCCCAUCUCAAUCUCAAUCAUGAGCGGCCAACAACCUAGAUAUCAUAUGGUUCCCGGAGCAGAAGCAGGUAGUCAAAGGGCAGGCUUGCCAGCUCAACAACGUGUCACAUCUCCUUUAUCAUCAAGCAGUCACAAUCAUAGCAGUGAAUCAGCUCGUAAUCGUGCUAGACAAUCCACCGAAGAUGGCGGUCAAGAUUUAGGACCUUAUGCCCACAUUCGUAAAGGUAGCGCAAAAGGAAUGAGCAACUUUACACAUCAAUAUAGAUCCACUCCUCCAAACGUUCCUGCCGUUGUUGCUGCCGCUCCGGUCGGAUAUGGUCAACGUGGCUAUAAUGGCAAUAAUGGAUCUCCAGGACCACAAUUGACAAGCACAGACGCAUCAAUAUCCGAUCGAAGUGCUUCAACAAAGAAACGCGAUAAAAAAUUCAUUUGCUUUUCAGGCCGUGGUAUUUUAAAUGUAUUGGUAUUGGUGAUUCUUAUUACCGGAUUACUCACCUUGUUCGCCGGAUAUCCAAUCAUUUCUCAUUUUACCGGUAAAAAAGAAUCUACCCUUGGUGCAUACAAUCUCGGUGGCACAAACGGAACCGGUCAAGUCCCAAUCAUCGUUUCGCAGAUCCAUCUGAAAGAUCCAGAUACCCCACAAAGUGCGCAAACAUGGACAAGCCCUGUGACAAACAAUCCGUACCAUCUCGUCUUCUCUGACGAAUUCAAUACACCAGGUCGUACUUUCUGGCCAAACGAUGAUCCUUUCUGGGAAGCGCAAAAUAUUUGGUACGGUGCAACAGGUGAUUAUGAAUGGUACACGCCUGAACAAAUUAAUACGACAAACGGUCACUUGCUCAUCACUUUGACGGAUGAACCUAUUCAUAAUUUGAAUUUCCGUUCUGGAAUGUUGCAAUCUUGGAACAAAUUUUGCUUCCAAGGAGGUUAUAUUGAAUUCUCUGCCAUUCUUCCCGGAAGUCAAACUCAAGUCGGUUGGUGGCCAGGUCUUUGGUUGAUGGGCAACCUCGCCAGACCGGGUUAUUUGGGCACAACAGAUGGAAUGUGGCCUUACUCUUACGAUUCUUGCGAUUCAGGUAUUUUGAAAAAUCAAACUUCUCCAACUAGCAAAGGUUACAAUCAGGUAUCAGGGUACGACAAGAACAACAAAAUCGGCUUGAAUUGGCUUAGUGGUCAACGUACACCAGCAUGUACAUGUGAGGGAUAUGAUCAUCCAGGACCGAACAACAAUGUAGGCAGAAGUGCACCCGAAUUAGAUAUCUUGGAAGCACAAAUCAAAAAUCAAGAUCAAGGUGAAGCAUCUCAAUCUCUUCAAGUUGCACCAUUUGAUAUGCAAUAUGAUUGGGAUGAGAGUCUAGCUACAAUUUACAACAACUCUCAAACCACAUUCAACACAUACAAUGGUGGUGUUUACCAAGAAGCAGGUUCAGCUCUAUCUAAUAUUCCAGCAAAAGCAUAUACUUUAACAGGCAAUACGUUUACAAAAUUCGGUGUUGAUUACACACCUGAUUGGGAUGGAAACGGAAAAGGUUCGGUUACGUGGUAUGUUGAUGGACAGGCAACCUGGACGGUUACAGGUGCUUCUUUCCCUGCACGUCCAGAUAUCGAUAUCAGUCAACGAUUGAUUCCUGUCGAACCAAUGACGAUCAUUAUGAACUUGGGUAUCUCUCGUGGUUUCCAAGCCGAUUUAGAUUUCACAACGCUUACUUAUCCUGCCACAAUGAAGAUCGAUUACGUUCGUGUUUAUCAACCUAAUUCGUAUUCUAAAGAUUUGGUCUCUUGCGAUCCACCAGAUCAUCCAACGAGCCAAUAUAUCAGCGAUAAUAUGGAAGUUUAUACGAACCCCAACUAUACAACAUGGCCAAAGACUGUUCCAAAGAACAAGCUGACGGGCUGUUAG